UAUCGAUCGCGAUACGACACACGAUGGGUUUUUCUCUUAAUACCAUCUUAAUACUGUCCGAUGUGCCCGCGAACUUUCUCAAGGUACACACACUUCCGUGGGGUGUCGCUUUCUGUCUUGGCGCCUAGACCACAGGGCCUCAGGCCCCAGUCAGGUAUAAGACAGUCUCUCCAUUCAACGUAAGGAAGUAACGAGGAAAGCAGUGGCAGAACAAAACGUCGUUUCUUUCAACUUCUCCCACCAUUUUCUUCUCGUCGCAAGUUCUACUACUCUUACUUACUCCGAUGUUUUCAUUCUCAAGAAAAUGAAAGUGAUCGUUCAAAAGGAUUCAAUAACAGAGAUUGAUCAUGGAAGAGGACAAUUUUUUCAAUUAAAAAGUGACGAAUUUUUCUUUUUUAAACAAAAAUUUCAGUGUUCCGGAACAUGUGGAAGUCAUAAUUUUAAGUGACAUAUUUUAUCAAAGUAUGAAACAAUGAUCGAUAAAUUAGAACUAUAGCCCCGUUUAAAUAAUAAUUUAUAUGCGAAUUUUCUUUUAUGUGUUGGCACCACGUAUAUACACAAGAAAACUUAAUACAACGAGUUUAUGUUAACCUGCAAGGUGAACAUCUCCAAAAUGGUUUUCUUCGGGAGGAAAGAAAAGAUCGAGGAUCGUCGAUUACUGGCUAGCAUGGAUGCCAUGAAUGGCACGAAAAUGUAUCAAGUCGAAAACGCCGCGUUCAUGCACGUACGUGAAAAUCUCGAGGAACUGGGAAAAGUGGCCAACGACACGGAUCUUCUCUUUCUUAAGGGUCUCCUCGACAGCCCCGUUGUAACUUCUCUCGUUAAGGUCCAGGAACGUCUCGAAGACGGCCCGGUCCCUGUAGAACCGGUAUGCUCUUCUGUCUGUGACAUCGUCGACGAGGUCUGCCACGAGCUUCAAUCCUAUAGAAACGAAUACGGCCGUGAAUUGGUAGCUCUGUUGAGAAACUCCCACUUGAAGGCGCUCUUAGAGACUCACGACGCUGUCGUGGAACGUAGAGAAGCUUCACCGAUUUCAGAACCAAUUCCAUCUUUAGUUAUGCCUUCCGACGAGAGAACGGAAGUCAUGAGAGUCGUUGGACUUACAAGACAACCCGACGAACCAUUGGGUCUGACAGUGCAAGUUGACGAGUCUGGCAACUUGAUAAUAGCCAGGAUCCUUGGUGGUAGCACAGCAGCAAGACAAAGACUCUUAAGAAUAGGCGAGGUGAUCUUGGAGGUGAACGGGAAGCCUGUUCACAAUCCCGAUGAAUUGCAACAGGCCAUACACGAGGCUAAAGAGAAUCUCUUUUUAAAAUUGGCCCCUGGAAUAGCUAAUGACGGCAGUAGACCGCUCAAGUCCACGUGUUACAUGAGAGCUCUGUUCGAUUAUGAGCCAUCAGAGGAUACUCUUUUACCAUGUAAAGAAAUAGGUUUGCGUUUUAACAAAGGUAACGUCUUACAAAUAGUGGACCAAGCCGAUCCAAAUUGGUGGCAGGCACGAAGAGUCGAAGGUGACGGAUUGAGUUCAGCCGGUCUUAUACCGUCCUUGGAAUUGGAAGAACGGAGGAAGGCUUUCGUUCCGCCUGAGGCAGAUUUCGUUCACAAAAUAAGUAUUUGUGGGACGAGAAUCUCAAAGAAAAAAAAAAGGAAGAUGUAUCAGUCGAAAUCCAACGGGGAAUUCGACGGUGCUGAAUUGCUUCUUUAUGAGGAAGUUGCUAGGAUGCCACCUUUUAGACGUAAGACUUUGGCAUUGGUUGGACCACGUGGUGUUGGUAGACGAACACUGAAGAACAGGCUAAUAAAUAGUGAUCGAGAAAAAUUUGGCACGAUCGUACCAUAUACAUCUCGACCUCCCAGAGUUCUCGAAGAAGAUGGAAAAAGUUAUUGGUUUACUGAUAGAGAAAGUAUGGAAAGAGAUAUCAGAGAACAUCGGUAUUUGGAAUAUGGUGAACAUGGUGGUCAUUUAUACGGAACAAAAUUAGACUCUGUUCGGGAAUUGAUAAGAGCGGGAAAAAUGUGUGUCCUUGAUUGUAGCCCUGCAGCAUUGAAGAUCCUUCAUAAUAGUACAGAAUUUAUGCCUUAUGUUAUCUUCAUAGCAGCACCAGGAAUGGAGCAAUUAAAAAGUUUAUACGAUCUUGGAAGGUCUACCGGAGCCAGCAGUCGAAAUCUGACGUUUGACCGGCAGAGUUCGAUAAGGUACAGCUCGAGGAGGGCCAGAACACUAGAAUCACUUGCAUCUUUAUAUGAGGAAGACGAUUUAAAAUCGACUUUGGAGGAAUCGGCGGCUUUACAAAGGGCCUACGAAAAAUACAUCGAUCUUGUGAUCAUCAACGAAGAUUUCGAUCAAACCUUUAGACAAGUAAUCGCAGCUUUAGACGCUUUGGCGACUGAACAUCAAUGGGUUCCAGUCAAUUGGAUAUAUUAAUCGAAAGUAUGAAUCGACGUAAACGAAGUUUUCGUCUUUGUAAGAAAAUUCUUCACGAGUUUUGUAUUAACAAUUAUAAGUGAGAAUGAGCGAAUUAAUAAUUACUGCCGAUUACACGGUUAAAAACCGUUAAUUUCGAUAGGUUACUUAGGAAAAAAUCAAGCGAAGACUUGAUUAAAAUAACGCUUGAACGAUAUUCAAUAAAGAUCAUCGGAUCUAUUCGUUCAAUCGCCAUAUCUGAUAAAAAUCAACACGUGGAAUUUGAAAUUUCAAAAUGACGUUUACUUAUUCAAAAGAAUAUCAAAUGACAGAAGAAUAAUUAUGAUUUCGUCUUUAACAUUUAAAAGAUUAUUAUUAAUCGGUUCCAUUUAUUUAUUAAUUUGUUAUAAUUAUUUAUGCGAAUAUUAAAUAUAUCGCCUAAAAAUAGGCCAUAUUUUGUAAAUUCGUCUAUAAGUAACAAAUCUUUUAUGUCUCUUAUGAUUGGCAACGUAUCGAUACAUUAUAGCUCUAAUAAGAUAAGCAUAUGAGUAUGUUGCUAUAUCAUAAGUUACUUAGAAAUACCACCAGGUGUAAUAUUAAAUAUUCUCAUAAAAUAAUUAUAAAUCAGUCAUAUAAAAAAGAAUCGUUCAGUGUCCUAAUCAGUUUCGUGUUUCAAAAAGUAUCGAUAUAAUUUUCUCAAUUCCGAAUUAGAAUGUUUCAUGCCGUUGUAGGAAGUACAAUCGUAGAAUUUAUGUUAAUUUUCUUUUUUUUUUGUUUUUUUUUGUUAGUUUAUAAACGAGAUUAUUUCGCCAUUGUCAAAGCAUUUAUUCGGAUUUUAAUUGUCUUUUAAUUGAAAAUAUUUUGCGACGUUUCAUUUUGUGGUUUUUUUUUUUUUUUUUAUAAAAUGAUAUUGUAACAAACAGGCGAAGUCUUGUUUUUUAAUCAAGUUUAAUCGAUUGGAUCGAUUAAACUUAAGGAUUAUACCGCCGUCCAAUUAUUUUUAAGAUAAUAUACGUUUCGUAUUUUAAGUUAAUAUCAUCUUUCUGUGCAGGAUCACGUACUUUAUACUUAUCAUUGAUCGAAAACGAUCGCGUUCUUUUGUAAUAGAUAGGUGAAAUAUUAAUUGUAAGAUUUCGUUAAUUAAUUUCAUUUAUUUUUUCCUGUUUUAUAUAUGUAUAUUCUAUUCAAAUCGCCUUCGAUGUUCAUACAUGCUAAAUCAUAUAUUCCUGGCAUAUAUAUAUAUAUAUAUAUGUAUAUAUAGUGCCUUAAAGAAGCGCAUUCUCUUAUUAAGAGUUUGACGCGAAGACCUACUUCUUUUUUUUUCAAGAUAAAUGUCUUAUGUGCGAAUUUUACGUAAGUAUUAACAUAUACAUUUUCUAACGUAUAGCACACUUAUGGACAUACAUAAUAGAAAUUAAAAUAAAAUCAUGCACUUGCGUAUAAGGAAAAUAUGAUGAAAGAACGGAAUGCAUGUAUCGAACGGUGCGAUUUUGAUCGGACCAAAUGAUACGCGAAAUGAAUAAAAUUUAUCAAAUAUUUGUUAUGGAA